AUGGCUGAGGAUGAUAUCGUAGAGCUCUUUGGGGAUAAAAGCCAAAACGUUCCCCGCAGCCAGACACAGACACCCACCUCCGACAGACCCUCGACUCCUCCUCCCAUUCUCCGCGGCAGCGGAAGCGGCGGUGGAGAAGGAAAUGCGCCGCCACCGUCUCAUCAGAAUCUCUUCAUCCAGGAAGACGAAAUGGCGUCUUGGCUUCACCAUCCUCACUUCUUUUCCGAUCUUCUCUAUUCCGGCCUCGUCUCUAAUCCAUUUACUCAACCACAGAGUUCUUUCUCUUUGGCACCACCACCACCACCACUACUACUUAGUACGGAUCCGUACGAUCCUCCGGAUAGACCCACCGUUCUGAGUUUUAUGAACCUCCCGAGGCUAAGAGAUAACAUAUUUACCGGCGGUGGAGCUGAGGCUGGACCGUGGAUUCCGGUGGUGAGACAAUCCACGCACGGAUCGAGCUCGACCCCAUCCUCUUCGGCGACUGAUUCCACUGUAACACCAGCGACAGUUGUUGGUGGAGUCUCGCACACUUUCGCAUUUCCCGGUCUUGGCCGGAAGGAAAAGGAGCCAGCGACUGAGACGGUUUUCGAGAUCGCCGGAACAUCAUCAUUUGGGGUUCAGAUACAACCAGCGACGGCAACGGAGACGGAGAUAGCCAAUGAGAGGAAGCCAAAAGAGAGAGAAGAAACCACUCACAGUCACAGAAUCCAGGAAACUGGAGAAGCUCGUGGAUCAACAUCGAGGAAGAGGUCAAGAGCUGCAGAAAUGCAUAAUAUCUCCGAAAGGAAACGGAGAGAAAAGAUCAACGAGAAGAUGAAAGCUCUGCAAGAACUCAUCCCACGCUGCAACAAGUCUACUAAAGCUUCCAUGCUGGAUGAUGCUAUCGACUACGUGAAAUCGCUACAGAUGCAAAUACAGAUGAUGCCAAUGGGUGGCGGUAUGAUGCCGAUGAUGUAUCCGGCGGAUAUGCAACGUUUCAUGCCUCACAUGGCCAUGGGGAUGAUUCGGCCUCCAUUCAUACCUUACCCUGGCAUGCCAUUUCCUAUGGCACCGCGUUACCCUUUUCCAAACGUUCAAGCCUCUGAGCCAUCCAGAGCCGUCCAGUUACCUAGUCAGCAGCAGCCUCAUGACCCGCUUUCGAACCAGCCUCUCCACCAGAUGCAACAACCUCCUCCAUCGCAGGUUCUUACAUCGUGCUUAUUCUUCUUCCCACAAUGGGGUGAAGAUGAUAUCGUCGAGCUCUUAUGGAAGAGCGGCCAAGUCGUUCAUAGCAGCCAAACACAGAGACCACCCUCCGAUAAACCCUCUCCUCCUCCCGUCCUCCGUGGCAGUGGAAGCGGCGGAGAAGAAAAUGCUCCGCUUCCGCUCCCGCAGUCUUUGCCUCCCCUGCUUCACCAGAAUCUCUUCAUCCACGAAGACGAAAUGGCGUCUUGGCUUCACCAUCAGAGUUUCAGCUCCGGUCUUCUCUACUCUCCGGAUACUUAUCACCCGCACGGUUCCGUCUCUCUGCCACCCCCGCCACCACCACCACCACCUAGUGCUCCGUACGAUCCGCCGUCGGAGAGACCCACCGGUCCUCCGAGAAGGACGGAGAACUUUAUGAACUUCUCGAGGGUAAGAGGGAACAUAUUCACUGGACCGUUGAUUCCGGUGGCGAGAGAAUCAACUCAGGUAGGGUCGAGCGCGACACCGGCCACAGAGGGCACCGAGAGCCGGAGGACGGUCACCGGCGGAGUCUCGCACAAUUUUGCGGUCCCCGGUCUUGGUCGGAGGGAAAAGGCGGUGGCUAUCGAGACGGUUUGUGAGAUCGCCGGAACAUCAUCUUCGGGGGUCUCAAGGGACGAAACAGAGCCGAUUCCGACACAAACCGCGACGGAGGCGGAGAUUGCCGAUGACAGGAAGCGAAACAAGAGAGACGAAAUCGAGGGAACGGAAGAAGCUCGUCGUGAUUCAACAUCUAGGAAGAGGUCACGAGCUGCAGAAAUGCACAAUAUCUCUGAAAGGAAGCGGCGAGAGAAGAUCAACGAGAAGAUGAAGGCUCUGAAAGAACUCAUCCCUCGCUGCAACAAGUCUGAUAAAGCGUCGAUGCUGGAUGAUGUUAUCGACUACGUGAAAUCGCUACAGAUGCAAAUACAGAUCAUGUCGACGGGAUAUGGUAUGAUGCCGACGGUGUAUACAACACCGGAUAUGCAGCAACAGUUGAUGGUUCAAAUGGCCAUGGGGAUGAACCAGCCUCCUCCUUUCAUACCUUUCCCCGGUACACCUUUCCCUAGCCACGCUCAUCUGGUCGGUCCAGGUCUAGUUCCAUCAUAUCCCGCAUGGCGCUACCCUUUUCCAUCCAGAGUACCAAGUCAGCAGCCUGAACCGAUGUCGAACCAGCCUCAGUUUCCGGUUUACAUGGAUCCUUAUAGCCAGGUUGUUGGUCUCCACCAGAUGCAACCUCCACCUCAAGUACAGAGUCAAACAACAUCACAGCUGAGUUUCGGCAGGGCAAGUAGUAGCAAGGAACGGGAGAACCAACCAAGAGAUCAGGGUGAAGAUGAUAUCGUCGAGCUCUUAUGGAAGAGCGGCCAAGUCGUUCAUAGCAGCCAGACACAGAGUCCCACCUCCGAUAAACCCUCUCCUCCUCCUCCUACCAUUCUCCGUGGCAGCGGCAGCCGCGGAAGCGGAGAAGGAAAUGCUCCGCCUCCGCCUCACCAGCAGCCACCGUAUUAUCAGAAUCUCUUUAUCCACGAAGACGAAAUGGCGUCUUGGCUUCACCACCAGAGUUUUAGCUCCGGUCUUCUCUACUCCGGCGUCUCCUCCACUCCGGAGACUCAUCCCCCUCCUCAGGGCUCCGUCUCUAUGGCACCACCACCACCACCUAGUGCUCCGUACGAUCAGCCGGCGGAGAGACCCGUCGGUCAGAUUUUCGCCGCGAGAAGGGCAGAGAACUUCAUGACCUUCUCGAGCAACAUAUUUACCGGCGGUAGAGUUGAAGCUGGCCCGUGGAUUCCGCCGGCGGGCUUGACAGCGAUCCCGUCGUCGUCUUCGGGGACUGGAUCCUCUCUAACACCAGCGGCGGAGGGCGGAGAGAGUCGAAGGACGUUCGUUGGCCACACUUUUGCAGUUCCCGGUCUUAGUCGGAGGGAUAACACGGUUCGUGAGAUCGCCGGAACAUCAUCUUCAGUGGUCUCAAAGGCCGAAACAGAGCCGAUUCAGAUACAACCAGCGACGGAGACGGAGAAACGGAAAGAGAGAGAAGUAACCACUAACGAAAUCGAGGGAAGUGAAGAAGCUCGUGGAUCAACGUCUAGGAAGAGGUCGAGAGCUGCAGAAAUGCAUAAUAUCUCCGAAAGGAGACGGAGAGAGAAGAUCAACGAGAGGAUGAAGGCUCUGCAAGAAGUCAUCCCACGCUGCAACAAGUCUGAUAAAGCUUCAAUGCUGGAAGAUGCUAUCGACUACGUGAAAUCGCUACAGAUGCAAAUACAGAUGAUGUCGACGGGAUAUGGUAUGAUGCCGAACAUGCAACAGUUCAUGCCUCCAAAUAUGCAACACUUGAUGCCUCCGAAUAUGCAACAGUUCAUGGCUCAAAUGGCGAUGGGUAUGAUGGGUAUGAACCGGCCUCCUUUCAUACCUUUCCCCGGUACACCUUUUCCUAGGCACGCUCAUCUGCCCGGUCCAGGUCCAGGUCCAGGUCCAUCAAGGCGCUACCCUUUUCCAAUCACUCAAGCCUCUGAACCAUCGACAGUCAUCCAGUUGCCUAGUCAGCAGCAGCCUGAACCGCUGCCGAACCAGCCUCAGUUACCGGUUUACAUGGAUCCGUAUAGUCAGGUUGUUGGUCUCCACCAGACGCAACAACCUCCUCCUCCGGUGCAGAAUCAAACAAGUAGUAGCAAUGAACCUGAGGAUCAGGAGAACCAACCAACAGGUUGA